AUGAUAGAUGGUACGUUUGUGGUACAAAUAGAGGAGGAGGACACUAGGGCUCAGGAGGAAUCACUAAAGAAUGCCCUAAUUGGGUAUGUCCUUGGGGAUAAUCCGUAUGAGAAGUCUAUGGAAAAUUAUGUCACCAAUGUAUGGAAUUUUGUAGCAAAGCCAAAAAUUCUGUACCAUGAUGAAGGAUACUACAUUUUCCAGUUUCAAAGUAUAAAGGAUAGAGACCUAGUUCUUCAUGCUGGGCCAUACACCUACCAUAACAAACCAAUUAUCCUACAACAUUGGAAGAUCGAUUUCUGUUUUAACCCAGAGUGCUUAAGCAUUAUUCCUUUGUGGGUGAAAUUUCUAUGGCUUCCGUUAGGAUACUGGUCUACUGAAGCAUUGAGUAAGCUUGCUAGUGUAGUAGGAAAACCUCUACAUACUGAUAGGGUAAAAGCUGAAAUGGAGAAGGCCUCUUAUGCAAGAGUACUGGUGGAAACUGAUGUAUCACACCCACUCCCUGAGAAGUGCUGGGCAAAGAGAAAGCAAGCAAAUGAAGAGGAAUUUAAGGAGCAACGAAGAAGAAGAAGGAACAAGAAAAAGAAGCAGAUCACUCAACAAUGGGUGCAGAAGAUACAUGUUUCUUCAACUUCAAAUGAGGUAGAAUCAUCUGGAACUCAGAAAGAAGAGCAGGUGAGAAUGCCCACAACAGAAGGAGUACAACCCACUACCAAUCAAGCUCCUACAGAAGAUCCAAACAUGGCACUCAGCAAGAUAGGAACAGGGCAAGGAAAACAGACUACCAUUGUUAGAGGCAAUACAGCUGCUGCAACUACCUAUAGCAAUAGGUUUGCAAUCUUACAAAAUCAACUCUCAGAUCAGGAGCCAAGGGAUGCUGGGCCAACCGAAACAAGAGCAAAGGAGAGAAAAUCUGGGAGAAUUAUACAGAAGGUGGCUAGGGACUGGAAUGUUUGCUGUAAUUAUAAAGACCACCCAAAUGGUAGAAUCUGGCUAAUGUGGAGAAACAAUGUAAACAUCCAGAUCAUUGAGACUACAGAUCAAUAUAUACAUUGUGAGGUGCAGAAGGAUAGUUUCAAAUCUCUGCUAACAGUGGUUGGGGAUUUCAACAAUGUGCUAACUUCAGAAGACAGAAUAGGAGCACCAGUCACUCAAGCAGAGACACAAGGCUUCCAAAAUUUAGUUGAUGUGCUGCAAUUGACUCCACUAAAGAGUGUUGGCUGGUUCUUUACAUGGUGCAACCAACAGCAGGAAGAUAAAAGGGUGUAUAGCAAGAUAGAUUGGGCAAUGGGCAACUAUGUGUGGCUGCAACAAUAUAGCCAUAUAGAAGCUGAAUUCAUGGAUCCAGGAGUGUCUGAUCACUCCCCAAUCCUUAUACACAUCAGUCAACAUAAGAAAGGACUGCACCCUAAACCUUUCAAGCUUUACAAAAAUGUCAUGGAACAUCCAGAGUUCAGAAAUAUAGUGCAAGAAGUAUGGCAGCAAAGAACUCAAGAAGAACACAUAAACAAAAUUUGGAAGAAAUUGAAGGCACUCAAAAAUGGACUUAAGGACCUGAACAAAUAUAUGGCCUCCUAUCAGCAGAUACUUGAUCAGGCUAGACAGAAACUAGAGGUAGUACAGGGGGAACUCAAGAAUUCUCUUCUAGAUCAGAGCUUGUUCAAUCAGGAAAAAGAAAUCUUGGCAGAACUGGAAAUAUGGAGUCAUCUAGAAGAACCGGUAUUACAGCAUAAGUCAAGGGCCACUUGGAUUGAAUGUGGAGACUCAAAUACCAAAUACUUCCAUGCUCAAUGGAAAAUGAGGACAAGCAAAAAUCACAUUGCAUCCAUCUACAAUGCAAGUGGUAUUAAGCUAACCGAUCCAGUCCAAAUAGAAGAGGAGUUUAUCUCUUUCUUCACAAAUCUUAUAGGAGAAGGUGGAGAAACUCAUAGAUGUCCAGAUGCUGCCGUGGUUAAACAAGGGAGAUGCCUGGACCAACAACAGAAGGAGGCACUAGCUAAAAAUGUAACAAAUGAGGAAAUCCUAGCUGCUAUAAAGAUAUGCCUCAUGACAAAGCCCCAGGGGUAG